AUGUCAGACGCCCGCUCCCUCCUCCGCGCCCACCGGGCCGCAAACCGCAUCGUGCAUCCCCACGCGGCCUACAGCGACUCAGGCAAGCUUCUCUGCAAGCUUUGCCACGAAGCCAUCAAGUCCGAGUCCCUUUGGGAACCGCAUACCCGCAGUACCGGGCAUAGGACCAAAGCGGCAGUCCUCUCCCAAGCCCAAUCCACCACCCUCCCGGCCGCAGACAACAACCACAAGCGGAAACACGACGACGUUGACGAGGCCAUGUCCGACGCCGAAGCCGAGGAAACGGACGCUAUCCGCAAGAAGAGAAGCAGGACCGAUACGGGCGGGUCUGUUUCGACAUCUCCGGCCAAUGGUACUGGCGCAGGCCAUGCCCUCGAAAAGCAAAGGAUGUCAACACCGCCUACACAUCCGCCGCGGCGCGCGUCAAACACACCCGUCCACGGCGUUGAGAUUGCUAUUCCGUCGCGACCAGCUACACCGCUCGUGAGCGAGAACUCAGCAACUCCGACACCGCAACCCAUGUCGCACAGCCGCUCGCCCCUGAUGGGUAGUUCGGGCUUGGAAUACGCCUCUGCGCCUGGCACGCAGGAGACUGUUGGCGUGCCGCCUCAAUACCAAUCGGUGACCUCGGCACCAUCAGCUGCGGCUAUGACAGGUACAAUAACCAAACCGUCCGCAGCAGCAGCAUCGGUAGACGAAGCCGAAUGGGCUGCCUUUGAAGCUGAAAUCGCUGCUGCCGACGCAGCACAACCCCUAAAACCUUCCACAAUCGCCAAUACCAACGACCCCUUCUCAGACGCCACCAUCUCCGCGCCGGCCCUGACGGCCGACCAGCUAGCCGCCAAAUCCCUCGAGGAGGAAAUCGAGCGCAAAAAGCACCUGGUCGACAUGGAGAUGGCGGACGAGAAAGAAGAUGCGGCACGAGCCAUGGAGGCCGAGUUCGAGGAGAUGGAAGAGCUCGAGGUCCGGGUGCGCAGACUUAAGGAGAGGCGGGAGGAGCUGCGACGGGGCAGCGUAGCGAAUUCGAGGGGGGGGGCAGCGACGACGAGUAAUGGUUCUGGAUCAGGGGAAGGGACAGGAACAGCCGCCGGUAAGGAGAACGUCUCUGCUGCUGGUGCCACAGGAGACGCUGAGGCAGAGGGGGAGAGUGACGACGACGAGGAAGACGAUGAGUGGGAUGAUGGGUUCCGAUUUCGGGCUUAG